AUGCCAAAGGACUUCAAGGUCUCCACGUUAGACAAGUAUGAUGGGUCGUUCGACCCUAAUGACCACGUGGAUGCCUUCCAGUUUCAGGUGUACCUCGCCAUAGAUGACGAAGCCUACAUGUGCGUGGCCUUUUCCACCACAUUCAGAGGAAUAGUUCGGACCUGGUAUAGGAACCUCACACCGGGCUCCAUUAAGAGCUGGGCUCAGUUUGCUGACUUGUUCACGGUGCACUUCAUCACUAGUAAGAAAUGCUCGAAGUCACAGGAGAGCCUUCUGAACAUGGUGCAAAAGGAGGGAGAGUCUAUUAGAAGCAACAUCAAGUGUUUCAAUGAGAUGUGCUUACAGAUACCAGACCUCGAUCCAGCGGUGUGCCUCACUACAAUGAAGAAGGCGAUUACCCAUAGAGAGUUCAAGUGGUGCAUGGUAGCAAACAAACCAAAGAACAUCACCGAGUUCCUUCAGUUGGCUGAUCAGUUCAUCGGCACCAAAGAAGAAAUCAACCAGAAGAUUGACAAUCCGCCGGGUGAAAAGAGGAAGAAAGAAGAUGAAGGGACAAGCAACGGCAAACAAAAAAGAAAGAAAAGUAAGUCCCCAAGCAGAAAAAGAAGUAAAUCCCCACGUUCGAGAAGUAACUCCCCCUCGCAUGGCUACAAGUCAGGUCAGCGUUCUAGGACCCCUCUAGUUGAGCGAACUAACUACACCCCCCUUAACGCAAAGAGAGGAGAGAUCCUAAUGGCUAUCAAGGACUCCUCCACUGUUAGAUGGCCACCUAGGCUAAGGGGAGACCCAAGCACAAGAAACCCGAACGUCUACUGCCACUUCCAUCGGAAUCAUGGUCAUAACAUGGAGAACUGUAGGAAUCUCUGCGAUGAGAUCGAGGAACUCUUCCGUCGCGGGUACUUGAAGAAUUACAUCUUGCGGGAAGAGAGAGGGCAGGGAGACCGAUAG